AUGUUGACUUCACCCGUCGUGAGUAUUAUGUUGUUUUGACUGGUUUCAAGAUAAAAACUCGAACUUGAUGUACCCUCUGAGUCCUGUUUGCUGAUAUUAAUGGAAGGACUCCUUGUUCUCCUGGUGGAAACGGUUUAGAUGAGGUUGUGCCCUUCCAUGGUGCAUGUGUGCACUAGCAACUAGGGCGACACACACACGUUGUGCAUGAUGGCUGCCAAGGCAACAGACUCGGACACAGGGUCACUGACCCCGUCUGAACAGAGUGAUGGUGAGGAGAGAAGUGAACAUGACUCGGACUAUGAAACAGAUGAAGAGGAGGAAGAUAAGAGCAAAGGAUCUGACCACUCAAAUGUCGUGUGGACAGGGUUUGGGAAGAAGACUGCGGUGAUUGUUUUCAAAGUUGAGGGUGUCAUGCAGAAAAAGCCUGAUCUGAAGACUAUAGGAGAGCGAUAUCACUUGGCAUUCAAAUUCGGGACAACCGAAUGCAAGAUUGUCCGAAACAUUCUCACCUCCCAUGGUUUUCAUGAGGUCCACCCCAACAGUGCUGACUUCAACCUCCUGUGGACCAAUGCCCAUCUUAAACCAUUUACGCUCCGCAGCAUGACUGAGUUCCAGAAGAUCAACCACUUUCCCAGAUCCUAUGAACUGACACGGAAAGACCGGCUGUUCAAGAAUGUUCAGAGAAUGCAGCAGAUAAAGGGACAUAGGCAUUUCGAUUUCAUCCCCAACAGCUUUGUUCUUCCAGGAGAAUACCAGGAUUUCUGUGCUGCAUUUCUUAGAGAAAAGGGUCACUGGAUUGUGAAACCAGUUGCUUCCUCUAGAGGAAGGGGAGUCUUCCUCAUCAACCAUCCAGAUCAGAUUCCGCUGGAUGAGAACAUCAUUGUGUGCAAGUACUUGGGUAACCCUCUGCUUGUGGAUGGGUUCAAGUUUGAUGUCCGGUUGUACAUCGCGGUCACUUCCUAUGAUCCACUCACCAUCUACCUAUUUGAGGAGGGACUAACAAGAUUUGCAACUGUGAAGUAUGAGAAGAGCAACAAGCACAUCCGGAACCAGUGCAUGCACCUGACCAACUACAGUGUCAACAAGAAGAGCCAGGACUAUGUUAGGAAUGAUGACCCAGACGUGGAGGACUAUGGCAACAAGUGGUCUCUUGGAGCUCUGCUGCGCUACUUGAGGUCCCAAGGAAGAGACACAGCAGCAUUGAUGAUGCGUAUUGAAGAUGUCAUAAUCAAGACAAUCAUCUCGGUGGAGCUGCCGAUUGCCACGGCCUGCAAGAUGUUCAUGCCACACCGGGGGAACUGCUUCGAGUUGUACGGAUUUGAUAUUCUCAUUGACGACAACCUCAAACCAUGGGUGCUAGAAGUCAACCUAUCGCCAUCAUUAGCCUGUGACAGUCCCCUUGAUCUGAAGAUUAAAGCCAACAUGUUGUGUGACCUGUUCUCAUUGGCGGGUGUGGUGUGUCAUGACCCCAUGAUGAGGAACAUGCAGCAGAGUCGACGCAAUCAGGAAAUUGCUUCCAAAAUGGCCGCCCGAGCUAAGUCAGCGCGCACUAGACCUGUGUCAUCUGCAGCGCGUCAGAGACCUCUCUCUGCUGGACCGGUUAAUGCAACGGGCAGCGAAAGACAAAAAUGCCAACAAGAACUUGGAGGCCUCAAUAGCGAGGAGAUCAAGAUUAUCAGGCGUUGUAAAGAAGAGGAACAGCGAAAGGGAGGAUGGGUGAAAAUAUUCCCAACAGCAGAUUCGUGGGAGAUCUAUUCGCCAUUCCUCCAGUUCAACACCACCCACAACCUGAUGCUGCACCAGAGACUGUACCCAGAGAGACAUAAAGGGAAUCUUGGGAAGCUGGCAACGACUGGUGCAACUUCUUUAGGGUCAAGGUCAAGGACUGGCUACCUACAGAUCACAGGUUCAAACCAGGCUAAAGGCGAGAAUGAUCCUCGUCAUGUAGAGGCUUAUGCUCAGGCAAUUAUCCGAACCAGGCAGUACGAGAGGCGGCUCGGGCACAAGAGGAGGAAGAUCAAGAACAGGAAGAAGGCUAGACUCGCUAAUAAGAAAGAACCCAAGUCAAAACUAGUUCAGGGUGUACCAGAAGAUCUGGAGGAAGACCAAGUGUCGGAUGAAGAAUCAACUAAUCAGCAAAAGCCGGAGCCCAGUGUGAAGGAAGAGGAGAAGGUGCAGCCAGUGGAGCUAGUGGAGCCGAUACAGAUACCAAGUGAGGCUGCUGCUCCAGAAGAAGUGAAAGACACCUCUCCAACUCCACCCAGUCCAACGACAGAGGAGGAGAAGGCGUUGGAGACAAAGUGUACGGAGGCAGAACCUGAACCAGUGCCCAAGUAUAAUGUUGUAGAGCUCCUCCUCAAGGGUGGUUCACUCAGUAAGGUCCAGGCACGGUCAGCGUUUGCCAUGUACCUGGUCCGGGUCCAGCAGAGGCUCAUCAGUGACACCGGUGCCUUGUCUCAGGAGGAUGUGGAGGCUCUCAAUGAGCAGAUGGAUCUAGUUCUGAGAUUCCUCAAACGAGCAGCUGUAAAUCUCCAGCAGUCAUUCAAAGUCAUUGUCCCCAGUCGGAAAUUACCGUUGUCAGAUCGCAGGCGGAUACUGGCCAAACAGCUGGGGGACUUCGUACACAUCUACAACAAGGAGACUGAGCAACUCCGGGCGAGGAAGAUGAUAGAUCGGAGACACCUGCGUCGCAGUGACAGUAUGGAGGGUCUCCAUGAAUCUAAGUUUGAGAAGUUUGUGAACACUGCAUGUGAAGCAGAACUGGAGGAGGUGUUGACAACCUACACCAAGCUUAACAAGUCGGCCAGCAUCUUCCUGGGAAGCAAUGCCAAGACCUCCUCUGAUAGUCAGGCUGGGGGAGCACCGUCUGGUUGUGUCCGCAACGAUAGUUCACUUGUGAAACGUAAAGAAUCCAGUGAGUUGCCGUAUGACUCCAACUGGGAGGACAUCCCUCGAGUGCGCAGUGCUUCAAAUGCUGAUAUUAGAUAUGACAGUGGGGGUUCGCACAGCUUGCCGCGGCCUGCCUCCGCCCAUCUAGCCCCUCCUUCAUCUUACAACAAUGCUGUGUCCAUAUACAGCCAGAAACUGACACGACCAAGGUCUGCUAUUGUCAGCAAUCACAAAACAGGUGGCCGGCCGCCCUUUGCUCGACCAUCAUCAGCCUCAGUACAAUCCCGGCCUUCAUCAGCAUCGUCUUACACCACUUCAGAACCCACAGUUGACACCUACAAUGAGCAGGCAAUCCAUGACGCUCUGCAGCGUUUAGCUGUCCGACAACAAGCCCGUCAGUACUCAGCCUUCAAUGGCACCAGUGCCCUUCAGCCAGACCAACUCAUCCACCCUCUCGGUACCCCUACUGGCAGCCGGCCAGGCAGUGCCACACACUCCAGACAAAACAGUGACUAUUUACUGAAUGGAGGUGAACUUAGUGGGAGUUCCUCCAGCAUAAUGUCACAGCAGCCUAGCCGCAGACAGGACGCUGUCCAGCCACUACAAAGAUAUUUAACAAUGGAGGAACAAAUAAUUCGAUCUCGCCCAUCCUCAUCUUCUGGGUCCAACCGGCUUCGUACAGACCACCAGAUGACCGGCAAACACAGGCAGACUAAUAUUAACAUGGACAAUGCUAAUGCAACAUUUAACAGUUUCAUUGACGAUCCUGGUGCUCAGUGGCAGAGUGACCUGAUGACCGCGUACAGCCAGGUGACCGGUGUCCAGCCCCAGAACUACCAGAACCCCUCCUCCAACAGCCGGCAGUAUCACCUGGCACAGCAGCAGUCCGUCAAACAGCAGAGGCUCAUGGAGCAGAGCAAAGCGCUUCUUGAGCAGAGUAAGGCUAAGCACCAGGCAAUGGUUGCUCAGGCUCACGCUGCUCAGAGGACGCUUAACUAUGCUCAGCCUGCAGAGGUGAAGCCUGGGAAACAGACAUUCACCCCCAAACCCCCCAUCCAGCCAGCAGGAGGAAGGAAGAUGACUCCAGCACACAGACUAGCCAGGACUCCUUCAAAUGAUGAAGGAAACCUCAAUUUUAACUUCUACAACAGUCUCAAGUAUGACAUCCACACAGGCCAGAUUCGCACACGGAGUGGGGAUGGAUGGUGAUGAAAGAAGGCCUGUGACUAGCAACAGCUCCAGCUCAGUAAACGCUGGUUCAACACAGGACCAUGGAAAGUUCUCAUGUGCAAAUACACAGCAGUCCUUCAUGUUCGUGUCAAGAUCAAUGUACUGUUUUAACUUACACUGACGAGAGUGCCAUGACAUUGUCAAGCUGUUCCUGCUGCUGCUGCUGCUACUGCUGUGUUAUGCUAGUUACAUUUUAAUUCCCCUCCUCCCACCUGUCAGUAGCACUCUCGUUAUAUUCUGACCAUAACAAGGUCUUUGAGGACAUUCCAACCAAAUACAAAGUGUUUAUUGAACUAUUUAGUCAUGUGCCCCUUCCCGCUGAACACAGCAUCUCCAGCAGCAACAGCUGCAGCAUCCUCAUCACUGUGAUACACAAGCAGCUAGCUGCACAACUGCCUGUCUAUCUGGCUGGCAGCAACAUUCCUGUAUAUAGAGACUAUUUAUUUUUUAUAACACAUACACAUUUUACCUAAAUAAUUGUAACAUAUUGUACCAUUUGUUUUAUACCAAAUGAAUUGUUAUGCGUCAUGUACAUAUAUGUGAGUGAGCAUGUCACUGAUCUGAAAGUGAGCAUUUAUCAUCUCCGUUGUUUACAUUCCGGUAACUGUAUGGGGUGUUUGGUUGCUAAAUAUAACCCGUCAGUAAAUAGACUGCAGUACUGUGGCAUAGGUCUGAGGUAGAAAACAUUGCAUUUGAGAGUUUUAAAUUGUUGUUCCCUUGAUUAUAAUCAAACAAUUUAUGUAGAUUUGUUUAUAUGGGCUUGAAGUUUCUACCUUUGAAUGGCACAUUAUGCUUCAGUGGGACUGGUGAUCAUGAUAGGUGUAGAGAGAAUGAGGGGCUGGAGAAGUGGCUGGAGUCAGAUGUAUAUAUGUCCUCUUGUGGCAGCAUCAUGACAGGUGUAGAGAGAAUGAGGGGCUGGAGUCCGAUGUAUAUAUGUCCUCUUGUGGCAGCAUGUAGCUGUAGGAAUGGAGAGAUCUGCUUUACAGUGACCAUUACUUAUACAUUAUUCACGUAAUUCAAUUAGCAAUGUCUGUGAUACAUACUGAUCUUCAUACGCAGACCAGAUUCAUCCGUCCAAUAUCUACAACAAAUUCACAUAUCUGGUCCACAACUACCACUCUAGACUGGACCUCUGUCCAGCAUGGCUACUCUGGACUCGGCUUGUAUAACCUCACAGACCCUGGCCAAGCCUGACUGAUGUGUGGUGGACAUAUGCAGGUCCGGGGUCCAGUGUAGUCCUUGUGGUGUUGACCGGGUCACAUCAGGGUACAUAGUGACACC